UCAGGCAAGACGACGAGGAACGCCUAUACACGGACUAGCAACAAAAAUGGAGUAGAAUGACUUGUUAACUUAUACCUCAGCUCUUGUUAUGCUAAAUUAAGUGCUAGCUAGCAAUCAAGAACAGUAUGCUUGGUUAUUCGAUGCAACACAGUUUGAUUAGCGUCGAAGUCAAACGUAAUUUUACAAAUAACACAUGUCUUUAUUUGAUUGUAGCAUAGUCUAAGCGAAUUUGUAAACAACCAGUGCUUUCUUAGCUACGACAAAACACUGGCUAUAAUAGUAGCUAGCUAACGUAAGCGAGUUGCUUGCUGGACAGACAAGCUUGGCUAGUUAGCUAGCUGGUGGUCUUUGCUAGUUUAUGAAAUAUUUGGAAUUGAUGCACAUAUUCCUUGAACUUUGUGUAAUCUUGAAUAUUUGAGAAAGCCAACGCCGAAUAGCGCAUUUUGCUAGCUAGCUAAGCAGGUUCGUGUUGUUGCAAGCAUAUUUUCCACGCGCAUCAGCUAACAUUAGCUAGCAACUUUUGUGUCUGUGUGUUGUCUUCCUGGGGUCAAAAGCCACCAUGGAUAAGGCAGAUUUUUUAAAAGGACUACCUGUCUUCAACAAAAGCAAUUUCAGCCGAUUUCACGCAGACUCUGUCUGCAAAACUUCAAACCGGAGGCCCUCUGUGUAUCUUCCAACUCGGGAGUAUCCAUCAGAACAGAUCAUUGUCACAGAGAAGACAAAUAUUCUAUUGAGAUACCUUCACCAACAGUGGGACAAAAAGAAUGCGGCCAAAAAGAGAGAGCAGGAGCACACUGAGGGGGAGAACACUGCACCCCCGCGGAAAAUUGCCAGAACGGACAGUCAGGAGUUGAAUGAGGACUCGUAGAGUGCUGUGUCAGCAACAUGCAACACACACACACACACACACACAAUUAUGGAUAAAGAAGCACACAAGCAAAGUGCAUUUGACAGACAGGACAGACCACUGCCUACAUUGUUCAACAUGAUCUUGGGAUGCUGACAGUUUUCUCUUUGUAUUUUAUUUACUUUUGCAUUUUUCUUUAUUUUCCCUUAACUGUCCGUUAACACUUAUCUUUUAUAAGUCUUCGAUCGGCACAUAGCUGAAAAGCUCUGCCUUGAUAAUGAAAGGCACAAUAACAUUACCACCCCACCCUGUUGCUUGACCAUGUUUUUACAUGAGGAGCAUUUCUAUUGCUCUGUUUGCUUUCAUUAGUUUACCUGUACUUUGACCUGCAUGUUUUAAAGUCAUGUCCAUUUAAUCAAUUAAAUUGCAUGCCAUUUAUAUACAUCCUUCUGGGCUUGGAGUGAAUAGAAUAUGUGUAUAGACUUUAGAUUGAAAUAGUCUCAGGUUGUUCUUAUGGGGUAUGCUGUCUCAAAAGGCUGUAUUCCUGAAGGUGUUGAUGUCUCUCCUGGUGAUUAAUUGCCUUAAUGGAAAUGUGUUUCUUGGUCAUUUAAGGACCCUCCCUCUGUUUACAUUGUGAUGUCAGUGGAGGAAAUACACACACUGUUAAUGAGUGGGUUGAUGGUGUGGAUAUGGAGAAUGAUCCCACAGGGUCAUAUUGGGGCUCAUUUAAAGGCAUACCAAAUGCAAACCUUUAGAGCUCGCCAGCUUGUAGUUGUAAAAAAUGGAAAUGAGUUACCUCUGGUUUCGUUUGGCCAUUCCUAUGGGGGGAAAGAAUGGGGUUUUGGGAUAAACGCUGAAAAUAAGGUCUGUGGUAAACACAGGCUUAGGAGAUCUUAAACAUUUUGUUCUAUGAGAUAAUGAGUAAGUUUACAUGACCUUUAUGAAUUAUGAAGUCUUUACGUGCUUGUUUUAUUUACAUAAAUGCUUCAAAAUUCACAAAAAGUGACGUUAGCUGAUCAAUAUUAUCUCAUAGAACAAAACGUAUAAGAUCUAAGUCUGUGUUUACCACAGACCUUAUUUUCGGCAUUUAUCCAAAACUCCUCCAAAAACCAUAUUCAUUUUCUCAUAGGCUUUGGCCAAAGAACCAUGACUGAGUUAGUGCCUACAAAAAGACGCCAUUACUAUUGCUCUCUAUACAGUAUAAAAACAGACCAAUGUUGUAGCCAAUACAUAACACAUGAUGCUCGAUGUGUUUGUCAAAACUUUGUUUCCCCCUAGACUCUAGCAGCUAGAUUGUCAUCACAUCUAGAAUUAUAUUGAUACAGAUAAGUGUUUGUGGAUAUUAUAACACUUAUGACUGUUAAAAUGGCAUGGCUCCACAAGUAAACAUAUAGCUAGCUGCCAAGACUAAACUUGGCUCAGGUAUUUUGAUGGCUCCACAAGUAAAACCAUAGCUGCUAAGUUGCAACUUGGCAUGAUCGAUCUGUGUGAACCUAUAGUAUAUAUGUCUUGCUUUAGUCAAUAUGUGGGAUAAAUGUGCCAUUCAGGUGUAUAGAACCUUGUUUCAAAGUGUUCUGCCGUAUAAGGCAUCCUGUUAAACUGUUGUGGGGCAUAGUUGUGUUUGUAACAUAAUCGACAACUGUAAAUACACAAGCGGAGAGUAUUGUUCCU